AAAGAAGUAUAAAAACUGACCAUCCGAAUAUGCAAGGCAUAGUCAUAUUGACUCCAUUGGUCUUAUUGGGACUUAGUUCCAAGGCCGAAGCAUGCAGUGGUUGAGAGUAAUCCUUUGCUUGUGCGCACUCAGCAUACUGAGUGUCUACGCACACCACACUUACGAAAGUGAAGUCUACAAAUCUACUAAUGAAGCAGCGUCAUCGAAAUCCGCGUCUAAAUAUAAGGCUUCUGUAAUUAAAUCACCAGAAGGCAACGUCAAAUAUGAAGAAGAGCAAGACGAUGAACAGGAAGCAUCAGCUGAAAUCGACGAGGAGGAGAUAAUCACCACCAAAGUUGGUGAUGUCACCACCACCGUCGAAGAAAAACUGGUCGAAAAGGAAGCAGCCAACAGUAGACAUCAUAAGAAGAAGUCUUUGACAGGAAAGAAGCUCAACUUAGCCGACUUACCUCUUCCAGAUGAUGGAAAGAAUUACGAUAUUUUCACUUUGGAAAGACUUGACGAGAAUGGUGAACCGAUUGUCACUAUGUCAUUGGUACCUCGUGGCACGAUACCAGAAGGCGCUAUUUUACCACCAGAUGGCAGCAGUGAUGGCGAUGACGAUGAUGAUGACGACGACACACCUCCAGCCCUACCUCUUCCGCCAGUCCUCCCACCAUGGCUGCCGCCACCGCCACCUCCGGCCGAGUCUGAGGAAGCUCCGUUGCCAUGGCAACCGUGGCAAUGGCUGCCCUACUACCCACCGUGGAACUACCCGUGGGGUGCCCGCGGACCAGGCGGACCAAUAAUUCCAGGUGAAUCCGAAACGGAAAUAAGCGAAUCCAGCGAAUCAAGCAGCAGCAAGUCCAGACAUCACCACCUUCACAGCAAACACCACCACAAGCAGAGGCCUCUGUAUCCACAAAGGCCAGUCUACCCAUCGUUCCCGGAAUACCCAGGACAAUUACCGCAACUACCACAGCUACCGCAGUUGCCUCAACUGCCUCAGCGACAGCAAGUGCAACAGCCGCAGCAACCACAACAGCCACAAGAGCCACAGCAACCCCAACAGCCGCAGCAGCCACAGCAGCCGCAGCAACCACAACAACCACAACAGCCUCAGCAACCACAACAACCACAGCAGCCACAACAACCACAAGAGCCACAGCAACCACAAGAGCCACAAGAACCACAGCAACCACAAGAGCCACAGCAACCACAAGAGCCACAAGAACCACAGCAACCACAAGAGCCACAGCAACCACAAGAGCCACAAGAACCACAGCAACCACAAGAGCCACAGCAACCACAAGAGCCACAAGAACCACAGCAACCACAAGAGCCACAGCAACCACAACAGCCACAAGAGCCACAGCAGCCUCAGCAACCACAACAACCACAAGAGCCACAGCAACCACAACAGCCACAACAGCCUCAGGAACCACAACAGACAGGUAAACCAGGAUGUGGUCCACACAAGCCACAUAAGCCACACAGACCACAUCAUCACCAUCGUCAUCCAAAGCAUCCCAAGCAUCCGAAACGUCCAAGUCAUCCGAAACAUCCAAAACAACCACGACAGUCGCAGCAACCACAGCAGCCGCAGCAACCACAACAACCACAGCAGCCGCAGCAACCGCAGCAACCACAGCAACCACAGCAGCCGCAGCAACCGCAGCAACCACAGCAACCACAACAGCCGCAGCAACCACAACAGCCUCAGCAACCACAACAGACAGGUAAACCAGGAUGUGGUUCACACAAGCCACAUAAGCCACACAGACCACAUCAUCACCAUAGUCAUCCAAAGCAUCCCAAGCAUCCGAAACGUGUAAGACAUCCGAGACAUCCAAAACAUCCACAACAGCCUCAGCAACCACAACAGCCGCAGCAACCACAACAACCGCAGCAACCACAACAACCACAGCAACCACAACAGCCUCAGCAACCGCAACAACCGCAGCAACCACAACAGCCGCAGCAACCACAACAACCACAGCAACCACAACAGCCGCAGCAACCACAACAACCGCAACAACCGCAGCAACCACAACAGCCUCAGCAGCCACAACAUCCUCAGCAACCACAACAGCCGCAGCAACCACAACAGCCGCAGCAACCACAACAGCCGCAGCAACCACAGAUUCCACAACAGCCGCAGCAACCACAGCAGCCGCAGCAACCACAGAUUCCACAACAGCCUCAGCAGCCUCAACAGCCACAGCAACCACAGACUCCACAACAGCCACAGCAACCACAACAGCCGCAGCAACCGCAACAGCCUCAGCAGCCACAACAGCCUCAGCAACCACAGAUUCCACAACAGCCUCAGCAACCACAGAUUCCGCUACAGCCGCAGCAACCACAGAUUCCACAACAGCCUCAGCAGCCACAACAGCCACAGCAACCACAGACUCCACAACAGCCGCAGCAACCACAACAGCCUCAGCAGCCACAACAGCCUCAGCAACCACAACAGCCUCAGCAACCACAACAGCCGCAGCAACCACAACAGCCGCAGCAACCACAACAGCCGCAGCAACCACAGAUUCCACAACAGCCUCAGCAGCCACAACAGCCACAGCAACCACAGACUCCACAACAGCCGCAGCAACCACAACAGCCUCAGCAGCCACAACAGCCUCAGCAACCACAACAGCCGCAGCAACCACAACAGCCGCAGCAACCACAACAGCCGCAGCAACCACAGAUUCCACAACAGCCGCAGCAACCACAGAUUCCACAACAGCCUCAGCAGCCACAACAGCCACAACAACCAGGUAAACCUGGUUGUAAAAAACCAAAUAAGCCACAGAAACCUCAGAAAGAAAAGUAUUGUUUCUGCUGGGACAGUUUGGACAAAGUACCUUUGUAUUUGAGACGUCAUAUAUCCGUGUUCUUAGAGUGAAGAAAACGCGAUGACAAAGUGACUUGCCUUACACAGCCCAAUCAGAAUUUGGAUUCAUACAACGAUUAAGAAAGGAUAUGAAAGCAUUACUUCUAACAAAGGCCGCUGAAACAUGGUGCCUAACUCAUUCGACAAAACUUUUUUUUUCUAAAUAGCUUCGCACGGCUUGUGCAUUUAGCCAAUGUCAAGUUUAAAAUGUUUACAAAUCCUAUAGCACUCGUGGUCAAAGUAAUAAAUCAAGUCAAAGUAAGUGGCAGUCAAGUCAAACCCCCUUUCCCUAUGUUUCAGUAAAUGUGUGGGGAUUUACUGGAACCUCCCCGUGGACGUCUUGGUGGAACGUCGAAAGACACUUUCCGCUAUUUUGUUUCACUUGCCAACACUUGUGCAUGUUCUCGAACACUUAGUGGUUAAUAAUCCACCAUUAUUAGACACUUACAUCCGCCACUACACAAUUUUUAACAAGAAAAACAAAACUGCUAAAGUGACGCUACCCGAUCCCGCCAAAAAGUCCUCGACAAAACAACAUAAUUUGACAAAUCGAAUACCGGAUUCGGCUAUCCAUUCAUUGGGUAAGAUAAUGUUAAACGAAAAUUCUAACCAAUCCCAUGAUCGGCGUGUUGAUGCAACCAAUCAAUUUAUCGCGUUCAUCCACUUUUCAGCGCAGUUCGUAUUUCAUGUCAUUUCUAAUUCGUUGCAUUCAUAAUAUAAAUCCUUUAUUUCAACUCCGGUUCUUUGAUUCACACAAGUCUUAAAAAUUCCGUUUGUUCAAAUACCUCGCUAAAGUAUUUAAACGACAUCCGUGGCCGUUCGGUAUGUAUGCCGGGUUUAAAAGUGUCGCCUACACAAAGGUCCCGGGUUCGAAUCCCGGCGAGGCAAAUUUUUGUACGAUGAAUGCGAGCAUUUGUAACCUAAGUUAUGGAUGUUUAUAUGUAUUUCUAGAUACUUAUUCUUUAGUUUAUAUAUAUAUUCUUCUAGUUUCUAUAUGUAUUCUACCCUUUGCCCUAGUAUCCCAUAACACAAGCCUUACAGUGCUUACUUUGGGACUAGGUUUAUUGGUGUGAGUGUUAGAAAUAUUUGUUUAUUUAUUUGUUAAAUAAGUAUAAUCGCCAUCACACAUUACUGAGAUUAUAUUAAUUGAAAAAUUCAUAAUCUGAUUCCAUUGUGUGUGCUCGUCGUAUAAUGUAUGGAAUUAAUAUAAGAAUUCAUCUUACGAAUCUAGAUUCUGAUUUAGACUGUGUAAGGCCAGUUUAAGGACAGAAAACAUUUGGAAAAAACAAUGGUCUAAUUAAAAAAAAGAAGGAUGUACAUUCUUCUUAUAUGUAUUUUAUAUUGAGCAAGUUAAAAAAUUAAGUAUAAUGGUAUUAUGCUUGGCAAAAAAAUACAAUAAAUGAGAGUUAUUUAUUAA